CUGAAUUAUAACCAUUUGUGAAAUUUUCAAUCACUGGCUUUAUUGGAGCAAAACUCAAAAAUUCUAACUUACUUGCUUAGAUAUUUUUGUGUAUGACAAUUCUCGCUGUGUAUUGUUAAUACGGUUUACUACGCUGCGCUUACGUAUCGAUUUUUUUACCCUCUUUAGAAGGCGUUAAACACUCUCCACUGUAGCAAAAUUGCCCUUCUGGGUGGCGCCAAUCGAUGGAACAUUAUGAAAACAUAUUACGCCGAUAUUGUUCUUUGUGACUUUUACGUUCGGUUUAUUUACCGUAUGUGAUAAAUUUGUAUUCAUUACUGUCGUUUUUCGUUAUAAUGAACUGACAAGAAUAUAGUUUUUGGCUCUCCUCAUUACGGUGCUAUUUCAAUGUUAAAGUUAUGCCCGCGUAUUUGCGAUGUUGAAUUAUACGGUUAUUGUUCUGCAAUAACUCCGUGAUUUUUUUCCACCUGCGUAUCUUCUUCCAUAAAUUUUCACUCGACAGCUCGUGAUGGACAGCUGCAGCGCCCAAGAUACUAUCUACUUGUGUAAUUUUAAAGUAUCCGUUGAUGGAGAAUGGUUAUGUUUACGCGAAGUAGACGAACUUCAAGAUAAAAAUAUCGAUUCGUAUCCCGAAUUAAAAACACCUUCCCCUAUUGAUACUCAUUUUUUAAUGCCUCGAGAUCCUGUUAUUAUAGAAAGGAGAAACUUGGUCAACAUUUCUAAAUUAAUAGUAAAAGAAUUGAUCGAUACUUCUAUGAAAUAUGGACGUAUGCUGGAUUCGGAUCACAUGACGCUGCAACAUUUCUUCAUUGUUUUGGAACACGUUCUGCGACAUGGUUUACGUCCUAAAAAGGGAUUACUUGGUCCGAAAAAAGAACUGUGGGAUAUUCUACAAAUGGUUGAAAAAUUGGAUCCAGAAGCGCAAGAUAUGACUUGUAGUGUCCGAGAUUUACCAACCGUCAGGACUCAUAGGGGUCGAGCGAGAGCUUGGCUUCGAGUUGCUUUAAUGCAAAAGAAACUGGCUGAUUACUUGAAGGUUCUAAUCGAUCAUCGAGAUGAUGUUUUAUCAGAGUAUUUUGAACCAGAUGCUUUGAUGAUGAGCGAGGAAGCUAUCGUCAUUAUUGGACUCUUGGUUGGAUUAAACGUGAUUGAUUGUAACUUAUGCAUUAAGGAAGAAGAUCUUGAUUGUGAACAAGGAGUGAUUGAUUUCUCCCUGUAUUUGAGAUCUAAUCAUCAGAAUAAUAACGUCACAGAUACUCCAGAUAGCGACGUAGAAUACGAAAAUAUGAGCGCUGUGUUAGAUCAGAAGAAUUACAUCGAAGAAUUGAAUAGACACUUGAACGCUACUGUGGCCAACUUACAGUCUCAAGUUGAAUCUUUAACUACUACCAACGCAUUGAUGAAGGAAGAUCUCGAAAUUGCGAAAGGAAAUAUAAUUGCUUUGAUGCAAGAAAACACGGUUUUGAAAACUCAAAAAAAUCAAAAACAGAAUUUCAAACACAAAAAAGAUAGUAAUUCAAACAGUCCGAAUGAGAAAAGAAAAAACGAAGUUUUCGAUGGUGAAGAACCUUCGGAUAUUGAACAACUAAAACAUCAGCUAAGUGUCGAAAGAAAAUUGAGACAUGAUACAGAACGAGAAUUGAACGCUCAAACUUGUAUCAAAGCUGAAAUGGAAGUUGCCAUGAAAUUAUUGGAAAAAGAUAUCCAUGAAAAACAAGAUACCAUUAUUUCUUUAAGAAAACAGCUAGAGGAUAUUAAAACGAUAAAUCUAGAAAUGUACAGAAAAUUACAGGAAUGCGAAGAAGAAUUAACACAGAAAGCCGAAGUAGUCAGUCGUUUACAAGCAAAAACUUUACAAAUCGGACAGAUGUUGAAUAAUUUACAAAAAUUUAAUCAUUUGUUAAACGACGAUCAGAUUAAUAAUAGGAAUAUGGACAACAGAGCGCAGUUUUCGCGAUUUAAUAAAAAUCCAAUUAAAAUCAAACCGAAUUCUUUGGUAUUAAAAGAAAUUCCAAAACUGUCUGCGAACGCUGCGAAAAAAGAAGCAAGUCCGAGAUCACUCGAAAGUGAAAAUUUCGAGCAAGAGAAGCAACAAUGCCAUGUCAAAGCUGAAAACGAAAAUGUUGAAACUCCGAAAUCUGACGUGGUUCAGUCAGUGUCGGUAUCGAGUGAAAAUAUCGAAAAUGAACCUCAACAACAAAAUUCGAACGAGGGUGAACAGGUUGUGACGGAAACCUCCCAUCCUAUAGAUUCUAAUAAGACUGAAUCGUAAAUGAAGUACCUAAUUUUUUGUUUUGGAUUAUCUACUCGUAUCUUACAAAAAAUUAUUCGUAUCAUUUUUGAAACGUUUUCUGGUCAAAUAUCUAGUCAGUAUUUCUAUUUAUUAUCUUUGUAGGAUUUUUUUUUCUAGUACGUGUUUCUUUACGAAUUAAUCUUUCGCAAUAAUUAUUUAAUCCUUGGAAAAAUACUUACUAAUAUUUUUCCUACGCAUUUAUAUUGCCUAUGAUAAAGUUUUUAUUCGUUUUAUUACUUACCUUUGAUAAAGAUUUGAGCUUUUGGUAAAUGAUACUUGAUUAUUCUUUUAACGAAGUGUAAUUUAAACUAAAGCCAAUUAACUUCAUUAUUUUAUUUAUGUUACAUUAAUGACACGAAUUUAAUUCAACGAAGAAAAUUAAUCAAUUUCAAGCUUUUUUACAGUACUCGUAAAUACAUUACCUACCUUACCUACUUAUUGCGAUUGUAUUUCAAAUUAUUGUUUUAAAAAUUUUCAAUUUUUUUCAUUUUAUCUGAAAGAUCUCUGUUAAUAUUUAAAAAAAUAUAUAUUUCAAGAUUGCGAAACAACUCAUACUCCGAGUAUUAAAACGGUAUAACAUAUCAAUGAAAUGAUGAAUCGAAAUGAAAAAUAAUUACCUAUUGUAUUACCAAUUUAUCACGUAGAAUGUAUUUGUUAAACCGUUAGGACAUUAUUUCUUGUUACUACCUUAAGUACCCAAUUUUGUUCUGAUUUCGUAGUGUUCUUUUAGUAUUAUUUCCUGUUUUCGUUUUUCUCCUUAUGCGAAAUUAGAUGUAUAAAAUGUGCUUUUAUUUCUGUUUUUCAAAACAGUCAAUUCAGAAUAACAAUGUACGUAUUCCCGGUUAUUAGCUUUUAGACGAACUUUUGUCACUAUUUACAAUUUUUAUGAAACCUGUAAUCUCAUUUAAUGAAUUUUCAAGUCCUUCUGCGCCAUUUUUUGAAAAUUUGUCGAAGUGUUGGCCUUUUUGCCUACGUCGGCUACGUCCACUAAAAAUUAAAGAUUCUGAUAAGAUCAAUCUUUCUUGCAUUGGUGUUUAGAGUGUUUGAUGAGAGAGCGUGAAGGUGCAAGAUUGUGUAUCUCUGACAAAAAGUUUAGUUAACACUGUUUCAUCUGUCAAAUUGAAAAUACAAACGGGCCUUGAAAAAAGUAGAACUGAUGUCAAACAAACUGUCAAAACACUGGAAGUAAAUUUCAACGUUUUGUUGGGCUUCGUCAAGUUUUAGAAAAUAUUCAAAAUGAACUCCGGUCAUUGCACAUCCGCUCAUCGGAUAUCGAAUUGAAUCUUUUCAUGUAAAGUCCAAUACCAAUCACAUUAAUAAUUUAAUUUCCAAACAAAAACCCUCGAGUAUAUUAAGUUAGGUAGUUCAAUAUAACUUAUCAAAAAUCACUCGAUUUGUUAAAAACAAUUAUCUACCAACCUACUUAAAAAAUACAUAAUAAUGCUUAUUAGCAUUAUGAAAAGAAUCAUGUUAAAGAGAAAUGAUGUAUUUCGUUACCUCGCUUAUGCAUAUUAAUUUUUCGAUUUUAUAUUUUGUUAUGUACGCAAAGUUUUAUAAUAAUAAAAAUUGUUUAAAACAA